AUGUCUCCAUCUAUUCUCAUCGCUGGUGCCACCGGAAACACCGGCCGAGCUGUCACUCAAACGCUUCCAAGGCUGCUUGAUUCAAAGGGUCCUCUGUCCGGGCAUCGCAUUAUUGCCCUCACUCGCUCUUCGAGCAGUCCAGUGGCGCAAGACUUGGCCAAAAUACCCGGAGUUGAAUUGAUUGAGAAGAACUGGGUUGAUAUCACCGCCGACUGGCUCCGCGAACACCAGGUUGUUAGAGCUUUCAUUGCAUCCCACAACGAGCCUAACCAAUUUGCCGAAGAGUCAACCUUCCAUUUCAACGCCCUCGAUGCUGGCGUUGAGUAUGUCGUACGAAUCUCGACAACAGCUGCAAACGUGCGCCCAGAUUGCCCUGUCUUCUACCCACGACAGCACUGGGCUAUAGAGACCCUCCUUGCCUCACCCGAGUUUGAUGAUUUGAAGUGGACGUCCCUUCAGCCCAAUGUCUUCUCGCCAUUUGUCAUGGCGUCAGCUGCGGAGUUCAUCAAAAAGUACCGCAAGACUGGAGAGCAGGAUACCCUACGUCUGAUUCUUUCAGAGGAUGCACCUGUCGGAAUCAUCGAUCCUGAUGAAGUCGGCAUCAUUGCAGCUCAUCUCUUGUCGCAAGAUGAUACUUCCAUGCACAACAAGGCCAAGUAUGUUUUGAACGGACCAGAGGACAUCACUGGAAAGCAGAUUGUCGACAUGAUUGAGCAACACAUUGGAGCGCACGUCAAGGACGUAAGCUUCAAAGAUGUCUCAUUCAUCGACAUGCUGUAUGAGUACCAAUAUGCGGCAACCAAGCAAUCAAAAAAUGUCAUCUAUUCAAUCAAACGGGCCGCGGAGACAUCAUGGGAAGGGAAAUGCUCCACUUCUACAACCAGCCCGGAGAUCCUGGAGCUUGCUGCCCCAAAAAGGUCGCCCGCUGAUACGUUGAAGACUUUACUGGAGGAGUAA